CUUCCUGACCUGGACCGUCACCAUGAAGCUACCGCUCUUCGCUGCACCGCUGCUUUCUGCUCUCUACUACUCGCCGGAAACGACACAUAGCUCACCACGGCCAUUGGUUCUGUGGCAUGGCUUAGGCGACUCGUACUCGUCUCCUGGGAUGGUGCAAUUUGCAUCCAUGAUUGAAGAUAUCCACCCAGGAAUAUUCAUACACUCAAUUUACAUCGACGAAGUUGAAGACAACGAUCGCAAGGCCGGCUUUUAUGGCAACGUGAAUGCCCAAAUUGAGCUCGUUUCCAACCAGUUACGCGGUAUUCCCGAGUUGGCAAAUGGAUUUGAUGCGAUUGGGUUUUCCCAAGGCGGGCAGUUCUUACGGGCUUAUGUGGAACAAUACAACGACCCACCAGUUAAUAACCUCAUAACGUUUGGCUCACAACACAUGGGAAUAUCGGAUAUUCCGAUAUGCAGACCUUGGGAUCUUCUGUGUCAGGUUGCCAGGCGUGCUACGAAAGGCGCAGUCUACAGUUCAUGGGCUCAGGAAAAUCUUGUCCAAGCUCAAUAUUUCCGAGACCCCAAUAACCUCCCAACGUAUCUCUCUGCCAACCAUUUCCUGACCUCCAUCAACAACGAACUCCCACCAGACGUUCAGCCCCGAAACCAGACCUACGCUCAUAACCUGGCCUCCCUCAAUUCACUUGUCCUUGUUAUGUUCCUUCAGGACAAGACUGUUGUCCCGAAAGAGAGUUCUUGGUUUGCUAGCGAAGCGCCUCCGGAUGACAUGGGAACAGGACAAGAUGUCUUGGCGGACAAGAACAUCAUUCCUAUGAAAUUACAGCCUCUCUAUCGAGAAGAUUGGAUAGGGCUAAGGACUCUUGAUGAACAAGGCGGUGUAGUAUUAGCUACCUGCGACGGCGAGCACAUGCAAGUGGAUCGCGCUUGCUGGGAACCGUUGGUGAAGGAGUUUGUAGGAGAAUUGAUUGACUGAUGUUUCUCUUUCCCUGUAUCCCUUACCGGCAUUCUUCGUCUGUAUAUUAUCUAUCGGCUUACGGUACUGCAUCCUCGAUACGUUAUAAUCACCUGUAUAUUUGCCAGAGCCUCAUUAACAUUCCUCGACUUCUGCCCUUUAUUAUUU